CAAUAAUCUGCAGCACAAUCCACAGGGCUUAAAUUUCGCCACGGAGGAUAUGUUACUACUCAUUCGGUGAGCAUCAAGCAAUAUCAGCAAUGCAUCUUUAAGAGUACGUACGCCCAUGCAAGUUACAAGGGACAGAGGCAUUCUUAUGUGUAUGUACUUGUAUGCCGGUUCUUUUUAUUUCGAGAUCGAUGUUUCACAGUUGUCCUUCUGACCGCAAUUGAUCUUGCGUUCAGAUAUUCUUGGACAAAUUCAAGGGGCUCUUGUCGUGCAUAUGAUGGUCGGAAUAAAGAUUAUAAGGAGGGUGAGUUGCUCGUUCAAUCUUCUGUAAAAUCAUCAUCAAAGAUUUAUCCAUAUUGCUAUCACCAUGGCGCCCAUUUUCGAAGACAGUGUCAGCAAUGCGAACGCCAACCCCAACAUCACCAAGGCAUCUCUGUGCCAGGAAAACGGCCCAUCAUGCAAAUACACACCAACCAAGAAACUACAAGAAGCGCACCGACAAGUCGCAAAUGACUUCCGAUCCGACGUAGUAACCGUCCCAACAGAGGAAGUCAUGCAGGCAAUCAUAGAUGCAACCUUCCAAGACGAUAUGUACAAUGAAGCCGGCGACCCCUCCGUUAACGCUCUCCAAGACCACAUCGCGGCCCUCACUGGCAAAGAAGCUGGCCUCUGGGUCCUCUCCGGUACAAUGGGCAACCAGAUCUGUCUGCGCACGCAUUUGACCCAGCCGCCGCAUUCUGUGCUGUUGGAUUCCAGAGCGCAUGUGCAUAAUUGGGAGUCGGGCGCGUUGCCAGUUUUAUCGCAGGCGACGUCUACGCAGGUGGUUCCGAAGAAUGGGGUGCAUUUGACCGUGGAUGAUGUGAGGAGGAAUAUUAUUGCGGAUGGGAACAUCCACUUCCCACCAACCCGCGUCGUCUCCCUCGAAAACACCCUCAGCGGGACAAUCCUCCCCCUCGAACACGCAAAGCAAAUCUCCCAGUUCGUUCGCAACUUCCCCGUCUCCGAAGGCGUCAAGCCCAUCGCCAUGCAUCUCGACGGCGCACGCCUGCUCGACGGCGUAACGGCCGAAGGCGUUGACAUCAAAGAAUACUGCUCACAUUUCGAUACCGUGAGCAUUUGUAUGUCGAAGGGCCUUGGUGCGCCGAUGGGAAGUGUGAUCGUGGGGAGUAAGGCGUUUAUUGAGCGAGCGAAGUUUUUGAGGAAAAUGUUUGGUGGUGGGACGAGGCAGCCUGGCAUGAUGGCUGCUGCUGCCAAGGCAGCCAUGGAAUAUACCCUCCCCCUUCUCCCGCGCGUCCACGCCCUGACCAAGAAAACAGCAGACUCCCUUCGCGAAAUCGGCUACACAAUCAGUCUCCCCGUGCAAACGAACAUGGUUGUGCUGGAUCUGGAAGUCGAUAACAUUCCAGCUGCCGCAUUUGUGAACUACGGGAAGAAGCACGGCUUAAUAUUCUUUCCUAGUGCGCGGUUGGUGUUCCAUCAUCAAAUCUCGGAGGAUGCGGCGGGUAGGGCUGUUGAGGCGCUGAGGGAGUUGUAUACGGAUAAGAAGGCAGGGAAGAUGCUGGAGGAUUAUGCGGUUAGUGGGGGAUAUACUUAAUUUUUAAUUGUAGGAUGGGGUUCGGUAGACAGCUUACUUGUUUUCUCUUUUUACUGUUGAGUUUUAAUCUAUAGACUGG